AUGUCAUCUCUCUUCAAAUAUUCUGCGGUUCUGCAGACUAUCAAGGCGCGUGAGCACCAUCACAGAUUGAAGAAAGAGAAGAAGAAGAUGUUUAAGCAAGAGAAGAUAGAUUAUGAUGUCACCUGUGAGAGAUUGAAGAAGAAGACAAAGCUGGCAGAGAAGGAGAGAAUUGAGAUCUUAUUCAGGUCUCAAAUGCACUCUAUGAUUCAGGACAUUGAGAAGGCAGCCCUGCUCUCUGAGCAUGCUAAUCUGCUUAUCACUGAGGUGGAAUUCAAGACAGCAGAUCAGGAAAUGCAGGAUUUUGAGGCACAGAUUGACCUGGCUGAAGAGGAGCAGUGA